UUUCUUUGUCCCUAUCGCAAUAUUAUUGCUUCGAAGAGAACCCAAAUCCGGGAGAAUCCGAAAAUAUAAAAACAACCUGUGUCUUCAUCAUUGUCAGCAACGUUUUUUCACCCAGUGCACCGAUUCAGUGAGUCUAGACUGCAGCAGCUGUUUGCAGGCGAGCGAUAUCGAUCACACGCACCCUCAACCUACAUAUAUGAGCAACAUUGCGUUACCAUCGUACCCUUAAUAAAUUAAAUUGAGAAGGGCAGGUGCGUGGUGCGAGGCGACAAACACAGAGACGGACGCCCCCGCAGGCGUAAAAUAAAAUAAAAGGCAGUAAUCCGGCCGUAGGGAAAAAUGUCUGUGAGACUGUUGACAGUGCGACUGAUCAAACAUGGUCGCUACAUUCUGCGCAGCUAUUGUCACCGUGAUAUACACGCCAACAUUUUGGAACCAAACCCUUUGAAAACACGCAGCAAGCGAGGCUUUCCCCUACCAUCCUCCGCCGCCAAUGUAGCUCGGAACGCACCACAGCAGGUAGCCAGGUCAGCACCACCGCCGGCCAGUGUCUUGCCCCGCAAUGGCGUCCCUCCCGGUGGGAGUGGGCUGUUUCGCAUCGGGCAGCAUGCACGCAAGCUCUUCAUCGACAACAUAUUGAGUCGCGUGACCACUAACUACUCCGAGGAGCUCCGCCAGCGGGCCACACGUAAACUAUUCUAUGGCGACUCGGCUCCUUUCUUUGCUCUAAUUGGAGUGAGCCUCGCUACCGGAUCGGGGGUUCUCAGCAAGGAAGAUGAGCUCGAGGGCGUUUGUUGGGAGAUACGCGAGGCUGCUAGCCGCCUGCAGACCGCAUGGAACAAGGACGAUAUCUCUGAGACCCUCAACAGCAACUUCACUAUCGACGACCUCGAAGUAGGAUCGCCCAUAGCCAAAGGCUGUGCGGCAGUUGUCUACGCGGCUAACUUCAAGAAGGGCCAAAGUACACCUGCCUCAGAUCGUGGCAAUCCUGAAGUGCCCCCAAUUACAUCUGUGCAUUCUGCAGCAAAUGCGUCGACUGCCUGGCGUCAUGAGAUGAUGUCGCCGCUGCAGAAUAUGUCCCGGUUUGUGCAUAAUUUUGGCGGCUCUGUGGACAACAUCUUGAACUAUAGCCAGCCCUCGGCGGCGACCGAUUUUGUGGGCGCUCUGAAGCGAGAACAGGAGCGCGAGUCCGUCCCAGAGGAUCAAUCCCAGCCUGCAGGCUUGUCCACUGCCUACAAUAUGAACCCACUGGUGGAUACCAAACUGGAAAGCUCCAUCGACACCUAUCCCCUGGCCCUCAAGAUGAUGUUCAACUACGACAUCCAGAGCAACGCCCUGUCUAUACUGCGCGCCAUGUACAAGGAGACGGUACCGGCCCGCCAACGCCAAAUGAACACGGCAGCCGAGGAGUGGGAGCGCCUGCUGCAGAACCAGACCCUUGUGCUGCCACCGCACCCGAAUAUCGUGUGCAUGUUCGGCUUCUUCUGCGACGAGGUGCGCAACUUUCCCGACGGUCAUCUGCUCUACCCGAUCGCCCAGCCUCAACGGAUCAAUCCACAGGGCUAUGGCCGGAAUAUGUCUCUGUAUUUGCUUAUGAAGCGCUACGACCACAGCCUGCGCGGCCUGCUCGAUAACCAGGAAUUGAGCACACGCACUCGCAUCCUGUUGCUGGCGCAAAUGCUGGAGGCUGUCACCCACCUCAGCCGCCACGGGGUGGCCCAUCGCGAUCUAAAGUCCGACAAUGUGCUUAUCGAGCUCCAAGAUGACGAGUCGCCCGUGCUGGUUCUAUCCGACUUUGGCUGCUGCUUGGCGGACAAGGUCCAUGGCCUAAGGCUGCCUUAUGUUUCUCACGACGUCGACAAGGGCGGCAAUGCUGCAUUAAUGGCGCCAGAGAUUUUUAACACGAUGCCGGGUCCGUUUGCGGUGCUAAACUAUGGCAAGGCCGACCUGUGGGCCUGUGGUGCCCUGGCCUACGAGAUAUUCGGUAUGCGCAAUCCCUUUUACUCAAGCAGCGGAGGCCUCGCCCACGAGCGCGGAGAGCUCACGUACUCGCUACGGAACAGCGACUACAAGCAAGAGCAGCUGCCGCCCAUGACCGAUUCGUGCCCGCCGCUGCUGCAGCAUCUGGUCUACAACAUCCUCAAUCCCAACCCGUCCAAGCGUGUCAGUCCGGACAUUGCAGCCAACGUGGUCCAACUCUUCCUCUGGGCGCCCUCGAACUGGCUCAAGGCAGGCGGCAUGCCCAACAGCUCCGAGAUCCUUCAAUGGCUGCUCUCGCUCACCACGAAGAUAAUGUGUGAGGGACGCCCCCCCCUCCACCUGGGCACCGGAAACAUGAAGAUGGACGGAGGCAUCAUCGGAGCCAGCACGGGCGGACGAAGAGCCUACGUGGAAUAUCUGCUGAUCUGCAGCUUCCUGGCGCGCGCUCGCCUGCGUCGCGUUCGCGGCGCCCUCAACUGGAUCCAGAACGUGGUGGCCCCGUAGGCCCCCGCGUAUGCAGAUGUUUCGUUUACUUGUUACUCUGAGAAAAUCAAAUGGAAAAGCGUGUGAUACCUAUAUUUUACAUAUGUAUUUAUAAACAAUUCGAAAUUAACC